AUGGCACUGCCGAGCUGCCAACCGCUGUGCCCUGUUCUGCUUGACAUCGGCAGUAGCCGAGCUGUGACCCUGCCGUGCUUCCUCCAGGUGGUGCGGCCGUCGCUGCUCGUGGAGGUGGGUCGCAUCCUUUCCCGCCAGCGUGCGCCCCACUUGCCGCUGCGGCAUUCACCGGCGGACCUGGCCGCCUCGCUGGAGCCAUGGAUUCGUCCAUGCGGUUUUUCAACAGAGCAGCCGCUGCUGCAGGACGAGAGUUGGAACAUGCCGUGGCAGGCGUACCUCAGCGCGCUGCGACAACGAGGCCAGAUGACCUCUGCGGCUGCUGCUGCUGAUGCUUCCAUGAAGCGCCGGGAACCAGAUGCGCUGCCGUUGGUUGGCACGCUCGCAUUGCCGGUGCCUAUUUGCGCCCCAAGCACCACCGCAGAUGGGGCAAAGGCGGCGCCGAUGAUGAUGGAGUUUUUCCGCGUGGACGCCUUUAUCCCGGUGCACGUGCAGAUGUGUCAUGUACUGCGUCGCCUGCUGGAUCCGCAGCGUCCGUGCGGUGCGGUGGCCGUGGGGGUUGUUGCGCCCGCCCAUCGCGCGGAUUACUUCAUUGAUGCGGCCCGCCGCCUGCGUGCGGGGGCUGCUGGCGGCUGCGUGCCGCCGGUUUUGGUGUACGGCCCCGGCGGGCUGCGGUUCCAGUCGCCAUGA